CUAGGAGACAGAGGCCAGAAGAGGAGAGGGGGCGGGGUCGCAAGGCCCCUUGCAGGGCGGCUGAGUCCUCCGGCCUGCACCCUUCGCAAGCACAAGACAAACCGUAAGCCGAGGACGCCUUUCACCACUGCCCAGCUGCUGGCUCUGGAGCGAAAGUUCCGCCAGAAGCAGUACCUGUCCAUUGCGGAGCGCGCAGAGUUCUCCAGCUCCCUCAGCCUCACGGAGACACAGGUGAAGAUCUGGUUCCAGAACCGCCGCGCCAAGGCCAAGAGACUGCAGGAGGCCGAACUGGAGAAGCUGAAGAUGGCAGCCAAGCCCAUGCUGCCCCCGGCCGCCUUCGGCCUCUCCUUCCCCCUCGGUGGUCCAGCGGCUGUCGCUGCAGCGGCGGGUGCCUCGCUCUACAGUGCCUCCGGCCCCUUCCAGCGCGCCGCACUCCCUGUGGCACCUGUGGGACUCUACACGGCCCAUGUAGGCUACAGCAUGUACCAUCUGACAUAGGUGGCCCUGUGUCGCCCAUCUGUGGUGCCAGCCUAUUCUUCCAGCUCGAGUCGUCUGUAAGCAGCAGGAUUCCUACCACAGCUUCCUGCUCAGCACCACUGGCCCCUUCCCUUUAGCCCCCAAAUUGCACCCUGUUUCUCCUGGUCGCUCCCUGAGUUCACUCUCCGAAGUCUGUUCCUGUCCCCCAAAAGCGGCUGGAAGAGUCCGUUAGUACUUUUCUAAAAUCUAGAUCUAUACACACCCUCGAGUUAUAGAUGGGUAAACUAAGGCCAGAGAGGCCAAGAGGUUUCUGCAAGGUCCCAAGCAGGACUAGCCGUGGGUGCAACAGGACUAGAGGCCCCCGCGUCUCCUGCACAGCUGCUCCUCAACUUGACACCAAGCAGGAAAACUGCAGAGAAAUGAGAGCAGCCUUCAAGAAGGAAGGAAGAGCGCUCGGGGAGUUGGAUGCCAGCCCCUUCCUUUGGAAAGUUUAAGAGAGAUCCAACAGCCAAAUAUUGAUUUGAGGGGCAGGGCACAAGAUGCAUUGCAAAGGUAGGUUGAAGGGACCUCUUUCACCAGUACCAGAAAAAAAUUAUAAAAUUUUAAAAUUUCUGUUUCUAUUUAACAGU